AAUCAUCACAUGCGUGCAAUCAUAGCUGCAACCAAAGGGCGUAACAUACCAACUAGGAAACAAACGAUGGAAAUAAUCUCCCAAGAAUUCAUCAAACCUGUUUCUCCCACUCCGAAUCACCUAAAAUCCUAUGAUUAUUCCACUCUCGAUCAGUUUUCUCCUUCAAGUUACAUCCCUAUACUUCUAUAUUACACUUCUCCACAACUUGGUGAGGAUAACCAAAAACCAAAUGCUAUCAAUUCAGCAAGAUUAAAGCAGUUGAAGAAGUCCUUGUCUCAAGUUCUUGCUCAUUAUUACCCUUUGGCAGGAAGACUUGGAAAAAAUAAUACUUCAGUUGAUUGCAACGAUGAAGGUGUGCCAUUUAUCGAGGCAUUUGUGCACAAUCAACGCUUGGAGGACAUUCUCAUGAGUAACCCUCAUGAAAAAACACUUACAAAAUCUUUUCUUCCACUUACCUUUGAGUCGUUUUCAUCGAACGUUUUGCUUCUCGUUCAAGUUACCUUCUUCGAAUGUGGAGGAAUGGUUAUCGGAAUUUCAGCUACCCACAAAAUAUUUGAUGCUUCUUCUGUAUUCACAUUCCUAACUGACUGGUCUGCUUUGGCACGCCAAGACAAUCCCAACUUUGUGCUCACACAACUUGUUCCCAUUGCAACGCUCGUACCAUUAUCUACUGAAGUAGGACACGUACCAGAUGCUGAAGCCGUUAUAUCUCGGGAGCCAUGUCGUACCAAUAUUUAUGUUUUUAACUCUUCUGGUAUUGCAAAUCUCAAGAUUAAGGGGUCAAGUGAGAACAUACCAAUACCUUCGCGUGUAGAAGUAGUAACAAGUAUUUUGUGGAAGUGCCUAACAGCAAACUCCAAAAGGCCAUCUUUGCUAACUCAUACAGUAAACUUGAGGAAACGAGUUGACCCUCCAAUGCAUGCUCACCAUAUUGGAAACUUUGGAUGGUUACUUUUAGCAUCUAAGCAUGAGAGUGAGGAAGAUAUAGCUAGCAUGGUGGUUUCAAUACGAAAAGGGUUAUUCGAGUUGGAUAAUAACUAUGUGAAGAGAUUGAAGGGGGAUAAGGCCGUGGAAACUAUUAGGGACGGUAUAAGCUUGCUGAUCAGUGGCAUAAAGGAUGUGGAUUUCUAUCGAUUUACUAGCUGGUGUGGUUACACAGUUUAUGAUGUAGAUUUUGGGUGGGGGAAGCCAAUUUUGUUUGGUACAAUUGAGCCAAAAGUGAAGAAUACGACAAUAUUAUUAGAUACAAAGGAUGGUGGAGUGGAAGCUUGGGUUACUUUGAGCGAAGAAGACAUGAAAAUGUUUGAGAAAAAUAAAGAGUUGUUAAAUUAUGCAACUCUCAAGGCCAGUCACCCUACCUAGACUAGACACACAAAGAAAGAAUGAUACAGAAAUUGCUAAUGUACUGCUACAAUUCAGUUAUUGCAUUUGAGUUGGACUCUUUCAAUAUGAUUCAAUAGAUAUCUGUAGGAAUACUUGUUUUACUUUGUAGCACUAUAUAAAGAUAAAUAACAACCCAAAAAGGGUGUGCUUUGGUUUUAUA